AUGAGUGGGCUCGAGGUGGUCGGAGUCGUCUUAGGCUCUAUUCCUUUGCUUAUAUCGGCGCUAGAGCAUUAUUCUAACGGUCUAACAGCUUUAGGCAAUAUGAAACAAUAUGAGCACGCAUUUAAAGACUUAUUAGCACAAUUUAUUGGGGCAGCGUCUUUAUACCAUGAUACCUGCGAGUCAAUACUUAUAUCCGACUUGACUGUGGAACGGGUUAAUAAGCUUUUAAAGACAAGAGAUGGAUCUUUAUGGCGACAAAGGGAUGUAGAGGAUCUCCUCAGAAGGAAGUUAGGGACGAAUUUCCAAACUUAUGUUUCUAUUUCGAAUAUUUUGGGAGAUAAGAUACAGAAGUUUGGAAAACGAUUAAAAUUGGAGGAUGAUUUUCGUCCUAGAUGGGUCGGCAUUGAUGGAAGUAUAGAUUUUAAAGUACAAAGAAAACUUCUCAAAAGUGGCUUCGCACGGAUCACAGGAGGAAUCAAAAUCCCAAGUCUUCAGCGAGACGUCGAAAGCAUAGUACGAGAUCUCUACUUCCUCGAAAAGUUCCAAACAAAAGCCCUCUUAAUUGAGCCCCAAAGAAUCGAAAAGCGACAUCAAUCUGUCACGAACUCCUGGGGGAAACUUAGCGAGCGUGCGAAAUGGCUUUUUGAAAGUUUGAACUCGCAGUUUUACCAGUGUAGGUGUCAUUGCGUACACCAGGCAGAUUUGGAGCUUAAAGUACCUACGAGAUCAACGGAAGAGUUCGAAUGGAAUAAAGAGCGGUUGGUUUUUGAGUUCUCGAUCUCAGGUACAACACCGGUUUGUAGCUCGAUGCCAUGGAGCUGGAGGGGUGUGGAGAUUGAAGCUGAAGAGAGUGAUUUGCAACCUUUCGUAGGAGUAAUACAAGCACCAAGCUGGUCCAGCCAUGCGGGCAUGUCUUUUAUUCCUUCAUUCCCUCCGGUGCCUACCUAUUCGGCUGCCACCCCAAUAGCGACUACCCCUCAAUUUCAAACCAGAGUCGAUGAUCUCUGUAAAGCCCUAUCGCUAAUCCAACUCUCGAAACCGAAUUCCUACUUGGGAUUUCUCGAAAGCAAAAAGUGGAAACACCACAUUUUUUGCUCAGAUACAACAAAACCUACUUCUCAUACAGACGGUUACUCAUUGGAGGAUCUUCUCUAUUCUAUUCGCAUAGGGACGGCCUGGAGAAGUGGGGUUUUCACUCCGAGGGAGAGAGCUUUGGUGGCACUCAACAUGGCUUAUGCUGUUCUACAAUUCCACAGCACCGCCUGGUUACAAGAAGACUGGGGUAUCAAAGAUGUUUUCGUCCGACAAGAGAACUCUAGAGCCUCACAAAUCAGCACAAUCUACCUCUCUCGCAAGUUUGAUCGCCUAAAAUCCGCACCUGCCCGACGGAAUAUGCCAUGGAUUCGUAAUGAAAUCAUCUAUUCCCUUGGACUAGCGCUUCUGGAGAUUAUAUACUGUCAACCUAUUUCCGCAAUGGUCCAACAAACGAACUACGGGUCCAGCCCUGGGCAGAUUGACCCGUCUACGGAGUUCGUGGUCGCUGGGGACCUUGCUAGGGAUUUAUCUCUGGAGAGAAGAGGCAUGGUUUCGGCGAGUUUUGCUGCAGUGACAAGGAUUUGUUUGUGGUGUGACUUUCAAGACCCUACUAAUGAUCUUAGUGAUCCAGGGUUCCGUCAAAGAUUUUAUGCGAUGGUUGUAGAGCCGCUAGCUGAGGAGUACAUGAGAGCGAGUUGA